ACUGGCUAUAAAUAGACCCGCCGUCAAACACAUUGAAGUGAAUUAAAUUGUUAACCAAAUAAAAAUAUAUUUAUGCAAUUUCAAGAGGUCUCAAUAAAAAAGAAAUCCAAUAGACAUGGAGCGAAAAUUGCACAGUGGAAUACAUCAUCCAACGUUGCGUUUGCUGCAGGAAUCCGGAUGUGAAAUACUGCCACAUAAUCUAAUGUAUCCGGUUUUCAUUGUCAGCCAUGAUGACGAUGUGCAGCCCAUUGCCAGCAUGCCGGGAAUCUCGCGAUUUGGCAUUAACAAAUUACGUGAACAUCUGGAGCCAUUGGUGCCACAGGGAUUGAAAUCAGUGCUGCUCUUUGGCGUCGUUGAGGGCAAUCUCAAGGACGAGAUGGCCACCCAUGCCGAUUCGGCGGAAAAUCCCGUGGUCCGUGCCAUACCCAAAUUACGCAAAUGGUUCCCCGAACUUUUAAUUGCCUGCGAUGUGUGCAUCUGUCCGUAUGCUUCGCAUGGCCAUUGCGGCCUGCUGGGUGAGACCGGUCUGGAGAAUGGGCCGAGUAUAAAACGUAUUGCCGACAUAGCUGUGGCCUAUGGCAAAGCGGGUGCUCACAUAGUCGCCCCCUCCGACAUGAUGGACAAUCGGGUGAAGGCCAUUAAGCAGGCACUGAUCGAUGCCAAUUUGAAUAGUGUCUCGCUAUUGGCCUAUUCGGCGAAAUUCGCAUCGAAUUUCUAUGGACCAUUCCGUGAGGCAGCACAAAGUGCUCCGAAAUUCGGCGAUCGUCGUUGCUAUCAAUUGCCCAGUGGUUCACGUAAUCUGGCAAUGCGUGCCGUCCAGCGGGAUGUUAGCGAGGGUGCCGAUAUGCUAAUGGUUAAACCCGGCAUGCCUUAUCUGGACAUAUUGCGGCAGACCAAGGACACAUAUCCAUAUCAUACUUUGUAUGUGUAUCAGGUAUCUGGAGAGUAUGCCAUGCUAUAUCAUGCCGCUCAAGCGGGUUCCUUUGAUUUACGUGAAGCUGUCCUAGAGUCAAUGAAGGGUUUUCGUCGAGCUGGUGCCGAUUGUAUUAUAACCUACUAUACACCAUAUCUGCUCAAUAUCAUAGACAACAAAUCGGCAUGAGUUCCCCUUUGUCUUUCUCUCUCUCUCUCUCUCGGACCAGAAGUGUACUUAAGCUCCUAGCUAGCUUCCCCUUUCCUUCCACCUCUCUAUUCAUUUAAUUCAAAGUAGUUUCUAGUUUUUGCCUUAUCAUUGUUAAAGCGCAAUAUAUGCUUAUCGCUUCGUGUUAUAUUUGAAAGUCUAAUUGUAAGGCCAAAAAACAAAAAAAAAAACGUAGAGUCAAUUCAAAUCAAUUUUUAACAAUUUCAUUUUGCAUUGCGUCAGAGAAAUCGCUCUGGAUACACUUUCUAUAUAACCGGUUCCAAAACUCUGGAACAUUGUGAUAGUCAAUUAACAUACAUAAAAAAAUUUAUAAUUGUUUGUUUUUUUUUGUUUUUUUAAUAUUUGCUUCACGUACAAAUCAUUUAAUCUUUCAUAUUUAUUAUUUUUGGUUUGGGUUUUUGCAAUACUUUUGUGACACUGUGAACUCUGGCUAUAUAUGUAUGUAUAUGUAUUACUUUUAGGGAUUUAUAUAUGUACGAUAUAUAUAUAUAUAUAUAUAUAUAGUUAAGGUUUCAAGUCAGCUUACUUAGCUAAUCUUACACGCUUUUUUGUGUGUUAAGUCUUAAGAAGAAAGUGUACAAAUAAAGUCACAAAAUAAAAACUAAAUGCUAAUUUAAGUACAAUAAGAAUGUUGAAUUGUUAAUUGAUGGAUAUACACACAUAUCUAUAUAUAUAUACGGAGAGAAAUCAAAAA